UUAAGUUGAGAGCAGCGAACACAGAGCGGAUUUGGCGAAGUUCGCCUCGUUUUGGUCUGGGGUGUCGCGCCCCCAUCGCUUCAGGCCCGGAAGGCAAUGGCAGUCAACGGAAGCUUGCGCAUUGCGGCUAGCUAAUUGUAGCCGCACGCUUCUUAGAUUUUGUACUUGCCAAAUAUACGUAUCCGAGCUCAGACAUACAGCUGAACAUCCGAGUCGAGUUCUGCAUGCUUCUCCUGCCUCAACUUUCCUCGCGAUCCAAAUACUUAUUCUUAUUGUGUCCGACCGCUCAGACAGCGAGCAAAGGGUGGUGGCACUCCAACGUCUUUGCAACACCCUUUCCCUUCAGCCCCGCGGCCCCGCGACCUCGCGCCCUCGCAGCCGACCGCAUCCGCCAGCCCCUAACGUGGCACGCGGUCUCGAGCUGCCAGCUCAGCCGCGCAGACCCUGCCUUGUACGGCCCCCCGGGCAUGGGCGCGCGGCACUCCAAAUCCAGAUCAAAGUCACGCCGGGCUCAAGCAUCAACAGCUGCCGAGCCCGGGCCCGGGCCUGCGGAGCAGCCCGCCUCCGCCUCCGCCUCCGCUUCCCCCGCCCCUAACCAUCCCGACGCCAUGGCAGCCCAACUUGCCGCCACGCUGAGCCCCUUUGAGCGGCGCUGCGUGGGAUCCAUGAUUGGGAAGUUCUGUGGCGACGUGCUGGGCGCGGCGGUGGAGGGCUGGGACGUGGAGCGCAUCCGGGAGGCUGCGCCCGACGGGCUCUGCAGCUUCGUCACGGGCACAAACCGUGGGGACGGGUGCUACACGGACGAUACGCAGAUGGCCAUCGCACUGGCCCGCAGCCUGGUGGCGUGCGGCGGCCGCUGCGACGCGCUGUCGGCGGCGCGGGCUUACGCCAAUGAGUACGAGAUGGGACGCGGCUACGGCGGCACAGCAUACAAGAUCCUGGUGCUCAUCAGGAGGCAGGGCAUUGACGAGGAGUCGCUUGCCUCGAUAGGCACGUACUUCAUCCCAGGCGGGUCCUUCGGCAACGGCGGCGCCAUGCGUAUUGCGCCCCUGGGACUGGUGUACAGGCACGCGCCGCCUGCCAUGCUACGGGAGGCGGUGGCGGCGGCGCUGCGCGUCACACACGUGCACCCCACCGCCAUCGACGGCGCGUUCGCUAUCGCCCUGGCCGUCGCCUACCUGUCCACACACGCGCCCCCGGCCCCGCCGGCGCCAGCCGCUGCUGCUGCCGCCCCAGCCGGCGGCGGCGGCGGCGACGCCGCCGGCAAGCCCGCGACUGUGUCUGGUCUGUUUGACUUCGUGUUGGCCCAGGGGGCGAUGAUGGAGACCCCCGCAAUGGUGGAGAAGCUGCAGGCGGUGCGCGGCGCGGUGCUGCAGGCGGCCCCGCUGGCCAAGGCACCGGGUCAGGGUUGGGCUGCCUACUUCGCCUCCCCCGGCUGGGCGGCGGAGCUCACCCUGCACGCCGCCGUGUCUGAGCCGUUCCAAAUCCGGGCUGAUGACGCGGCGGCGGUGGCGCUGGCGGCGCUGACGUUCCACUGGGGGCGGCCGCAGGAUGCCGUCGUCGCGGCUGUGCACUAUGGUGGUGACACAGACACGAUUGCGGCCAUCGUAGGCGGCAUGGUGGGUGCUCUGCAUGGAGUGGAUUGGCUGCCGGACUGCUGGCUGGCGCCACUGGAGAACGGGCCGGCGGGGCGGGACGCGGUGGUGGCGCUGGCGCGCGAGUUGGCACAGUUCGACACUCGCAGCUGAUGCGUGUGCUGGCAUGAAGAAGUGGAGGAGGAUGGCGAGGAGUACGCGGCGGAGACUGCAACGGACCGUGUGCGGGUGCGGAGGAGCAAGCCCAUCAGGUGGUUAUUACGUACUGAAAGACGAAGUUGCACGAAAGGAACUCGCGCUCAAGAUUAGAUGGCUACAGCUGAUGGAACCCGGAGCCGUGGCGUGGCAUUUGCAAGACAGGGAGACAGAGAUGAGAGCGAAGUCAGACGCGGGCACCUGGAAGGCCGAUGGAGACGCAGGGACAGCCGCGACUAGCUGGUGCCUCUGUUGUAUUCCCUCAUACUACCCGCCCUGAUUCCUGACUACAAGUAUUGAAUAGUGUAUAUACAUACAGUGCGUCAUUCCCACCUUACCUCCACUGAGUCAGGCCUCUCUACUUCGCAACGCUAACCAUUGCUAUUCCUGCGAGUGCUUAACCUAUGGUUUUGCAAUAGCCCACAACCUCACUCAGCCGAAAUAUUUCGCAUUUCUGGCACGCUUGUUCCCACGCUGAGGGUCGCAGUUGCCUGCAAGCGCAGAACAACGAUGUUGAUUGUAAGUAUACAGUGGG